AUGAAUGCGAUUACUAGUGGAUCGAAUAAACCGCCUCUUCCUAUCGAUGAAAUAUCCAAUAUACCGAUCCAAGAUGAAUUAGCUGUAGCCUCCACUUCGAAACGCUUGGAAUCGCCUCGACCACCUUUUGCAGAAGAAGACAGGAGGAGGAAAGGUAGUGAUGUCACUAUUGGGUCUGGACUGGGUGGAUCUACGAGAGAGAAGAAGAAGGGGAAAGGUUUGACGGAAGGUGAUGAAGACGUACCUGAUAUACCGAAGAAUAAUCUGAAACUGGUUAUGCCUGCAAUUGGAUUGGUAUUGUUCUUGUCGGCAUUGGAUCAGACUAUCGUCGCCACGGCCUUACCAACAAUAGCUGAGGACCUCCACGCAUCACCUUCAGAAUACUCAUGGGUCGGAACGUCAUAUCUGUUAGCAUCGACACUGCAGACACCCAUCAACGGCAGAGUAUCAGAUAUAAUAGGUCGCAAACCCAUGUUAUACGCUGCUAUAAUAGUAUUCACCAUCUUCUCGGCUCUUUGUGGAGCAGCAAAGAGUAUGAGCUGGUUGAUCAUAGCUAGAGCGUUCCAAGGUUUAGGAGGUGGUUCGAUCAUUGGGUUGACGUCGAUCGUAGUGUCGGACAUCGUCCCACUGCAUCAGAGAGGAACGUAUCAAGGGUUCCUAGGUUCAGCUUGGGGUAUAGCAGCGGUUCUUGGACCUAUAUUAGGUGGAUUGUUGACUGAAAAGGCUUCAUGGCGAUGGUGUUUCUAUAUCAACCUGCCAACAUGUGGAAUCGCAUUCGCCUUAUUAGUAUUCACCCUAAAACUCAACCCAUCCAGGAAGUUGACUUUCAAAGAAUUGUCUCAGACAUUCGAUUUUAUUGGUUUGGCUUUAUUGAUGGUUGCAUCUGGAUUACUCAUCGUUGGAUUUUCCAGAGCAGCAGAUUUCGGAUUUGGUCAACCUGCUUCUUAUGGUGUUAUCAUCGCUGGAGCGGUCGUCUUCGUAGCUGCCGUGGUAAAUUUCUUGACUACCAAGAGAAAUGCUAUUAUACCUGCUAGAAUGUUCAAGAAUCGGACAACCGCUUUCUUCCUCCUUGCUUCCACUUUACAUGCAGCUGCGUUCUUGGCUUUCAAUUAUCUCUUACCAGAGUUACUGCAAGGUCUCCGGGGUGAUUCUCCGAUACAGUCGGGUGUACACCUACUGCCUUUUGCAUGUUGUGUAGCGUGGAUGACGGUGGUCGCUGGACAAGUCAACUCUCGACUUCGAAUCAUCCGACCCGUAGCUUGGGUAGGCUACGCCCUAGCGGCCCUGGCGUGGUUUCUGUACUAUGGUCUAUUCACCUCUACUGUCAAAUUGGCUACCCUCGAAGGUAUACUGGUCAUCGGAGGUAUAGGUGUGGGACUGUGUCUACAAGUUCCGAUGUUGAUCAUUCAAGCUGCGAUGCCAUUGAAGGAGAUGGCUGCGUCGACUGCUUCUUGGUCUCUCACUAGGAAUGCAGGCGGAAGUAUAGGUCUUGCCGUAUUCACCGCUAUACUCAAUACCAACCUCCGAUCAAAAUUCGCCGUUAUACCAGGUUACGGCACCACAUUCACCGUCCCAGAAUCAGCAUCAGGAUACAAAUCGUUACAUGAAUUGCCAGAGGGCGAAACGAAAGAUUUGGUAUUAAAAGCUUUCGCAGAUAGUUUUAGAAUUUGUUGGGUCGUUGGAGCAGCCUUUUUCCUUGCUGCUUUGGUGAUUACUAUACCUACUAGAUCAUACAGUUUGAACAGAGUUAGAGGUCAAGCUGCGGCCAGGAGAGAAACCGAUAUUGAAGCUCAGCCUGAAGCUCCGAUAGAAACGUUUGAUGAAAAAGCUCAAAUGGAAAUGAGAGACAUAGAUGAAGAAGCUUUAGAUCCUAUUAAUGGACCUUCCUCAGCUUCAAGUGAUAGAACAGUAGCUUCGGAUAGUGGAAAUGGGCGGAAAAAGAUGGAGGAAUUGGUAUGA